CGGGCAGCUGCCCCGGCGCGCCCUGCCCGUCCCGGGAGCCGGCGAGGCCGGGCUGGGGCGGCCCGGCGCGGGAGCACCGCGGGGAGGACCGGCUGGAGUAGCGCGGGGGCGGCGGCCCAGCGCCCCGAAGUUUGCCGCGCCCGCUCGGGCGGCCGAGGUUUGUUUUCUUGAAAAGGCUCCAGGCUUCGGCUUGGAAAAACCAACCGCCAAAAUUGAGCCCAGCAGCUGGAGCGGCAGCGAGAGCCCUGCCGAAAACAUGGAAAGGAUGAGCGACUCGGCAGAUAAGCCGAUUGACAACGAUGCAGAGGGGGUCUGGAGUCCUGACAUCGAGCAGAGUUUCCAGGAGGCCCUAGCUAUCUACCCGCCCUGUGGGAGGAGGAAAAUCAUCUUAUCAGACGAAGGCAAAAUGUAUGGUAGAAAUGAAUUGAUAGCCAGAUACAUCAAACUCAGGACAGGGAAGACAAGGACCAGGAAGCAGGUGUCUAGUCACAUUCAGGUUCUUGCCAGAAGGAAAUCUCGUGAUUUUCAUUCCAAGCUAAAGGAUCAGACUGCCAAGGACAAGGCCUUGCAGCACAUGGCUGCCAUGUCAUCAGCCCAGAUCGUCUCAGCUACUGCCAUCCACAACAAGCUGGGGCUGCCUGGAAUUCCACGCCCCACCUUCCCAGGGGCACCGGGGUUCUGGCCUGGAAUGAUACAGACAGGACAGCCAGGAUCCUCACAAGACGUCAAGCCCUUUGUGCAGCAGGCCUACCCCAUCCAGCCAGCAGUCACAGCCCCCAUUCCAGGGUUUGAGCCUACGUCAGCCCCAGCUCCCUCGGUCCCUGCCUGGCAGGGCCGUUCCAUUGGCACAACCAAGCUUCGCCUGGUGGAAUUUUCAGCCUUCCUUGAACAGCAGAGAGACCCAGACUCGUACAACAAACACCUCUUCGUGCACAUUGGGCAUGCCAACCAUUCUUACAGUGACCCAUUGCUCGAAUCCGUGGACAUUCGUCAGAUAUAUGACAAAUUUCCCGAAAAGAAAGGUGGCUUGAAGGAACUGUUUGGAAAGGGCCCUCAAAAUGCCUUCUUCCUCGUAAAGUUCUGGGCGGACCUAAACUGCAAUAUCCAAGAUGAUGCCGGGGCCUUUUAUGGUGUGAGCAGUCAGUACGAGAGUUCUGAAAACAUGACGGUUACCUGUUCUACCAAAGUGUGUUCCUUUGGGAAACAAGUAGUAGAAAAAGUAGAGACGGAGUAUGCCAGGUUCGAGAACGGCCGAUUCGUAUACCGAAUAAACCGCUCGCCAAUGUGUGAAUAUAUGAUCAACUUCAUUCAUAAGCUCAAACACUUACCAGAGAAAUAUAUGAUGAACAGUGUUUUGGAAAACUUCACCAUUUUAUUGGUGGUAACAAACAGGGAUACACAAGAAACUCUCCUCUGCAUGGCCUGUGUAUUUGAAGUAUCAAAUAGUGAACACGGAGCACAGCAUCACAUCUACAGGCUUGUGAAGGACUGAACCUGGUUAUUUAUAUAUAUAGAUAUCUGUAUAUACACACAUAUGUGCACACACUCUCCAUUAUCAACGACUGACUGUAAACCUCACCACACAGGGUGCUGCCUGGCCCUCCGGGCACACCCUGACUUUUCUAAAUCCUGUUUGAGUGAACUUAUUAUUUUUUUUCAUGUGUUCAUGCUAUCAUUGUAGCUGUGAAGUUGUGAUGCAGUUUUUUUGUGUAUUCCUCAGAUCUGCAACCCACAAUUCCUUGGGGACGGUGAAUCUUACCAGCCUAAGCUAAGCCUCUCUCUCUGCAGACCUGUUUCCUGUUGUGGUAGAAAGCGCUGAGACAGAGGAUUGGCCACAGGGCAUUGACUGCCCUUAUACAAUGUAUUUAGUUCUUUUUUGUUUUGUUUUGUUUUUUUGUUUUUCCAACAUGAAAUUCUUGUUUUAAGAUACAAGUAAAAUUAAUCUUUAAAUAUAAAUGUAAAUUAGUACAGGAAAACUAAGAUUCUUUAGACUUAUCUUUGUAACUAAUUAGGGUGGAAGUUAUGGAAGAAUGUAAUUCACUAAAUUAUUUUUUAAAUGAAAUCUUUCUUUCUUUUUAAAACCAAAUGUUAAACUAUAGCCUUACGAAAUACUUGGUAGAAGUAUCCUAAUGAGACAAAUUUGUACCUUUUCCCCCCUCAAGGUUGAAACUAAUACCUAAUUCAUUAAACUCUUGAAACAGGUGUUACAAAGGAGGAAAAUGUCACCCCUUAUCCUUAACAUAUAUAGUAUAUUUAAAAAUGUAAAAUUGUAUUGUACUAAUGUGAUAAUUGAUUAUUUAAUGAAAAAGAAAAGAAGGCUCUUUUUGCAAUAAGUAGAUAAUACUGAAACAAAUCUAAGCUUACAAUGUUAGAGUCUUGUGUGUGCAGUUACAUUUUAUAUGGCCAAUUGGAUUUUUUAUGGAAACUGGUUCAUAUUCGAACCACUGAAAUUUAAAAACAAAUUUAAAAAUUGGCAUGAAUACUGCACUGUGAGUUGCAAAGGAUGCAGAAUCCUGUGGCUGGAAGAAAAUUGUCAUCAAGCGAACAAGCAGAAGGCUCAUCAGGCUUGGUGUCUCUGCUCCCCCGUCACUAUCACAAGCCUCCUCACCAGCCUGUGGGUAGGCUGUGGCUUGUAACCCAGUUGCAUAGACAGCAUCGGUUACUGUAGCUCUGUGUUCAGGCACAUUCAGCUAUUGGAACUCCUGUUUCUUGGCAGUUUGCUAGUUGCUCAUCGUCUCUCUCAGUCUGUGUCACAGACAAGGAUAUAUUUUCCCUAAGGGCAUCUCGUCAUAAGCCCCAGUGCCACUUUAUGCUCUCUCUCUCUUUUUCUCUCUCUCAUGCUCUUGCUCCGCGCGCCCCCCCCCCACUCAUCUUUUUAGGCAGACCCCCUCAUUCAGGAAGUUCUGUUUCCAAGGGGGGAUUUCAUCUCUCUGAUCUGAAUAUUCCAAAACAUUGCCCAGCAGAGUUGGUCUGAUGCGGCCAGUCUUGGGUUAUUUCCCUAAGUGCUUUCUUACUGGGGAAGCAAGAAAGGUUACCCCUCCACUUCCCAGGGAAAGUAAGAGGAAAAAUAAGAAUAAGAGUUUCUUUAUACAGACAUGGACACACACACACGAGUGUACACAUACACACAAUUGUUAGGACUAUGUGAACACAAUUGAACAUGAUAAACUUUUUAAGUUAAAAAACAAAAAAGUGUGCCAAUUUUUUUUUCCACCAAGGCUGUAAAGUAAAACCCUGCUACGUGCAGGUGACACCCUCCUUGGCCUCAUCUCCCGACUGCUUUCAUAGUCAGCAUUUUUUGGUCAUCAGGGGGUGGACAUGGCUGACAGGUGGCUCAAAGAACCGCACUGGAUUGACUCUGUCUACUCCCAGCCACAGCUCUGGUCCCUGGAGGGAGGAGAAUGUACAACAUUUUGCCCUUUGCAGUGUGCCUCCCUUUUUUGUAAGCCAGUGGGCAUGGUUUCUCUUCAGGAGAACUGCCUUGGUUCCUUAUUUCUAAGCCUUCCCUCAAAGAAAUGGCUACCCUGAAUUCCUCCCUGUGUCUGUCCUCAGACCAGGUGUUUAAGGGUGUCUCCUUUGUGUGACAUCCUCCUAUGUGUUACUCUUGUGGAUAACCCCCUGAGGGAUGUUUUUAGCUUUGACGUCCUAUGCCCUUCCUCAAGAGGAACCCUCUCCUGUCUUGAGACCAGAACAAUAUGAAUGGGUACAGAUAAUCUCGGGCUUCAGGCCAGGCCGUCUCAGAAUGUGAUGGGGAAGUAGAGCUCACCCUCUGUACCACCAAGGCUCUGGGACUUCUUUUUCCCAAGUACCAGCUAGACGAUAAUGGUUGGAGUGGGAAGGGUAUGACUUAGCAGAGUUGGGGUACUGUGUCUGCUGCCGUUGGGGGAGGUUGAAAGACCCUGAGGUACUUUUUGCUCUUAAAACAGCAGUAAAAUUAAAUGAUUUAUUUUUGUUUUAUGCACAUUGCUGUAUGUGUGUGAUAGUGUCAGAUCCCCUGGAACUAGAGUUACAGCUGUGAGCUCCUAUAUGGGUGCUGGGAAUUGAACCUGGGUCCUUUGAAAGAGCAGCCAGUGCUCUUAUUUGCUGAGCCAUCUCUCCAGACCACCAAACCCAGUAAAAUUCUUAAAUUAGUUCUUCACUCCUCUCUCUACCUUCUUAUUUUUAACCCCCCUCCCAUAUUUCCAUCCCUCCCAACUUCUAGUUCUUUAUGGUCUUUAAAGAAGAAGAUAACCCACUGUCUUAGUUAGUGUUACUAUUGCUACGAUAGAAACCAUGACAAAAGCAAGUUGGGGAAUAAAUUGGGCUUACAUUUCCACAUCAUAGUCCAGCACUGAGGGAAGUCGGGGCAGGAACCAGAGACCAUGAAAGAGUGUUGCUUGCUGGCUUGCUGCUCAUAGCUUGCUCAGCCUGAUGGGUUUUUGUUUGUUUGUUUGUUUGUUUGUUUGCUUAUUUGUUUGGUUUUGGUUUUGGUUUUUUUUUGGGACAGGGUUUCUCUAUGUAGCCUUGUCCUGGACUCAAUCUGCAGGCCAGGCUGGCCUCAAACUCACCUGCCUCUGCCUCCCUGAGUGCUGGGAUUACAGGCAUGUGCCACCACCCCCACCCUCAGCCUGCUUUCUUGUAGAACCUGGAACCAUCAGCCCAGGGAUGAUACUGCUCACAGUGGGCUGCCUCCCUCCCCCAUCACUGAUUAAGAAAAUGCCCUACAGGGUCCCUACAGCCUUUUCUUGUGGAGACAUUUUCUCAGUUGAGGUUCCCUCUUCUCAGAUGACUAUAGCCUGUGUUGACACAAAACUAGCCAGCACACCCAACAUGGCCAGUUUGUGCUGCUCUUAAACUCAUGGGUGUGGGGAUACCCAUGGAACAUGGUUGGCUUGCUAGGAACCACACACACUCUUAAACCUUAAACUGGCUUCUCUUCCCCCAGAAGACAUCAACUGUCAAUAGCUACUUGGUGCUGGCAUGCUGACCAGCUUGUUCUCACAGCUGCUGUGAGUCUGUGAUGCAAUGUUCCCAUUGUGUCCAGAAGACACUGGUUUGCUCCAUGAACCCCACCCCACCUCCUGCUCUUACAGCCUUUCUGCUCUGUCUUGAGUGCUGAUAGUUAGAAGCUUUGCACAUCUUCCAGAGUUUCCCUCUCUUAAUCAGUGACCCAGUUACCCAGAGUCACUUUACUUUUCCAGUGAAAGCCUGAUGGGGGUUAGGUGCCAUGUACUAACCUCUAAUCCCAGUCUCUUAAUCCGUCUUGGCUCUUAAACCUUACGGAUGCCAUUGGUGAGCCCUGCCCUCACCCUAACCAUCCCAGUGCUGUCUUAAGGUGACUGCGGGACAGAUCUGCCAGAGACAUAAUAGAGACAUCUUCCUUAGUCACUGCAUAGUUUAGAGGCUGUCUUUCCAAUGAAAGCAAUCUAAAGCCAACCCAAAAGCAGCUAACUGGAGGCCAGGGACAUUUUGGACUGGUUAAUUGGCCAUCACCCUGUGCAUUGUUCGUGGUUUUUAGAAUUCCUGUCCAUUUCUGCAGUUGCCACAGCUCAUUACUCCGGGUUGUACAGCGUUCAGUGUCAGUUUCUCUUACUGGUCAGAUAACCAGGUAGCUGUAAUCACUGAUAACCAGUUUUUCUCCACUCUGUGAAAUCUGUCCUUUGAGUGAGUGCUCCCCCCACCCCCGCCCCAGUUAAGGUCAGGAAGAGGCAAAUGGGUGGUAUUCUUCAACAGCACACCCUUCCUUCUGCUCAGCAUCUUUAUCUGCACAAGCACCGUCUCUUCCCUGCCGCUGCUCUUUCUCUCCUGUCCGGGAAAGCUGGGGGCGGCUAGGCAGCAUCUGUAGCCAUCAGACUCGUAUUUGAAGAGCAUUUCUGAUUUGACCUAUAUCCCUUACUUUCCCAGGGCUUAAAGAGAGAAAAUCCCAUCUCCACUGCCCCCCCCCCCCCCCCCCCCCCCCCCCCGAUUUGGCCAUUUCUCACAAACCUCCCUCAGUCUCCUCCUUUACCUGUUAGGAUGUGUCUCCCCUCUACACUGCUUCUGCUUCUGCUGUCUGCCUUAUGGUCCACGCUCUCUGUUGUAUCUUUUCCUUCUUUAGGAUGGAGCAGGCCUAGGUCUGUUACAGAAUGAGCUCCAUACUCAAACUGAAAGAGAGCACAGUCUAUUCCCUUCACCUUGAGGGGGUGACAGGGACCUAGUCCAGAGUCUCCCAGCUAGUCAGUCGCAGAACAAGGGUGAGGGCUUCUCUUUCAGCUUCAGCCCCUCCUGGGUGGAAGCCGUCUUUCCUUGGUGCUUUGUAUUUUAAGUGCUCCCUAAGAAUGCAUGGACAGGGUCGGGUCAGAUCCCCAUGUAGCAGAUGGCAAGGCUGAUGCACCUUUUCGCUCCCUUGGAGGACAGUUCUCCAGCCACAGGUUUUGAGUCAAAUUUCUAUUUGCCACCCAUCCCAGCAACAAAGUCCUGCCCACACAUCAGCCAAAAUAGAACCUUUGGUGUUAAAAUCCCUUAGAGGACUGUGAGAUCCUGGUCUUCAUUAGGCUUCAAUACCAUAGUGGCAUCAGCCAUCGGUUUUAUACAACUCUGUGUUAUUGAAGUCACAUGAUGGUCAGUUUUACAAACCAGGUACCUGUAGUUUGUAUAACUUUGUGUAUGCUCUGAUGUCCCACGUCUGUCCUGAGGAAGGGUAGGAUAACUGCGCGUUGGUGUCUUCACCUGUGACAGGAGGAUGUGUGGGCUGCCGGCUUCAGGGUUGAUGUUUCUGUGGCUAAGGCCUGCACGUGUCAUUCCUGAAAAGCCUUAAAUCUUUGAGAGGUCCCAUCGUAGGGUGUCAGUGUGGCAGGCUGCCUGGGAACCGUGAGCCCUUCUGGAAGCUGGAAGCACUUCUCUUACUACUGUUACUUUUCAUAGUUUUCAGUUCACAGCUGCCAAAGCCUCCCAGUAAAGCAGUGCCUUAGUAAUACCUUGUAGCCGCCAGCCUUUUUCUCAGCCUGCUCUCGGUAUCCACUUGCUAAUUGGCCCCAUAUCCGAAGCAGGACAAGCCAAAAUCAUUCUCAUUUGUGUUUCAAAAGCCCGUUUUUGAAAUCCAGCUCUAGAGGAAGCUGAUGACUUGGUUUCAAACAACCUAAGGCAGAACCCAAGUCAGUUAGUUGAUCAUGCUCUCACGGACGUAUCCAUACCAAAACUGAAGACUGCAUCUCCGCAGCUUCCCUUGGAGAGCGAAUUAUACUUCUCAUUGAUGCCUUUUUCAAUUCCUGACCAAAUACUUAGCUAUUUGUGAAUCUUCUGCACUCCAGCAUGAAAGUGCCUUUGGCUCGAGAUUCCAGCUUAGAAAGUGCCACCAUAAUAACCGACAAUUUGUAGAGAGACCAAAAAUAUUUCCAGAUCACCAUAAUGCCUUUGGUUAACCGGGGUGAGUAACCAACCACAGGCCUGUGUUCGUCAGAGCGCCGUGGGGCCCCGCCUGCCGGUGGGGACCCACCACCACUCACCUGCAGCACAGUGCAGCAGCGGGGAAGCCCGCGAACUCUUGUGUCUGUGUGUGCCGACUAUCCGGCGUGUCCAUCAACUCGUCACCCGGCUCAGCAUCCCUGGGAAGGAACUCUCGCACAAGCUCCCGGCCGGUGGACAGACACCACACGGCUUUGCCUUCUCCCCGUGUCCAUGUCCAGUCUGUGGAGACUCUCGCCCACUGGCACGACCGUGCGCAAUUGCCUGCUUUACACAUUUGGUUGUUGGAAGCCUCGCGUCGAGAUGACAGUGCAGAACAAAAAAAUUACAAAUGGGUUCAUUAGGGUCAUUGCAGUUGAAGUGUCUCUGGGCAGAUUUGCUGGCUCCGGAUAGCCGAAUAUCCGAAUGUGCUGUGAGAGACUUCCAGAGAGCACACCACUUGCAAUUGGGCAUUCUCAAGAAUGUCCUAGUCCUCAGAGAGCCAACUCUUUGAAGUCUGUGUCAGCUUAGAGUAAAACCUUUGUGCAUCUGGGAACCCCAUACGAUAAGGAAAAGAACAGCGGAGGCAAAAGAAGCCAGGAAAGAAAUAGUUAAUUGUUUUGUUUUAUAUCCUUUUGCUUAUGUGAGUGUAAAGGUAAUGACAGACAGCUUGGGCAGGUAGCCCUGAGACUCUACCACACCCGUCCUCUCUGCCCUCCCUGUGCCCAACGAGUUGCCACCCUGGGCUCUGACACUGCAGAAGUGAUUUCUCUCCACCCCAAGUUGUGAGUAUGUAUAAAAGUCCUGGGGUUUUUGUGUUGUUUUUUGUUUGUUUGUUUCAAGAAAAACAACUGUCAAAUGAAAAGGAGACUUCCUCAGCACAGAUUAGAGUUAGCAGUUUGCUGUCUUGAACUCCUCCCUGGCAGGAACAUACCACAACUUGAAGAAAUUAGUCAAAUGUGUGUUUUCUUGUGCCUCCUUCUAGCCGUCUUGUUUGGUGGUAGUUUUCUCUCCUAAACUCCUUGCUUAUAUCUUUAAAAAUGAAGGUUUUGUGUUUAAAAUUUACUGUGUUGCAAAGGGUAGGCCUCACUGAAGUCAUGCACCAUUAACUAAGAUGAGAUAUCUGUAUUUAUUGUUUCCUCCUAAGCCGUGACUUGUUUUCUCCGUGACUCUGCUUUGGAUCCUGUGCCCCACACUACAUCAUUUUAGAUAGAAGCCGUGUUUGUGUGAGUCCCCCUUGUUCCUGACCACGGGGUCAGGUCCCACUAGACUCCAGCCUUGCCUGACCCUUGUCGCUUUUCACCAUGGACAUUCUGUUUCCCCUCUCUCUAAGAGAGGCGGGCAGAAUUCACACAUCCAUCAUUUUAGAAAGCCUAUCUAUGAGUUUUGCUUGGUGUUUUUAUUCUUUGAAUUGUUUUCUGUGAUUAGUUUCAAUGUGUAAACUAGAUUAUGAACUGCACUAAUUUAAAAAAAAAAAAAAAGAUGUACGUCUCCUGUCACCUCCUUGAAAGAUCAACUUCUGUAGUCCUUUUUCAGUGGGCUUAUGACUUCAGACAAGGAAAAUAAACAGUAAAAACAAAAACAGUACGUGCCUGAAAAAUGACAAAAACACAAAAAAAACCAACAAACCUUUUUUGUAACAUUUUAAAAACCUGAAAAGCCUUUACUCCUUUGAUACGCUCAAGUUUUAUGUAAAUUGGUUUUUGUCACAUGUGUUCGUUCUUAUUCUAAGCGACUUCAUGGCUUCUCUGUUGUCUCUCGUGUAAAGUGUAUAGGAUGGGCUUGUGGUGUAAGCAUUUCAUCUGGUCAGUGGCUCCUGUGAUACUGUAUUGCUGCUGGGACUGGGCCGGAACCUGGGCCCAGGUGACUGGGUUCCUCUUGGGAGACCAUUGAGAAGAGGGUGGGAUGGCUCAUUCAUGUGUUCUCUUAAACUGUUGGCAGAACUUUCAAAAGGCUCAACCUCCCGGCAGUACAGUGUUCUUGUAUUCGUUAACGUUUGUGUUUAGGUACUGGUACCUUUUUGUUUAAAAAUGUUCUAAGUGUUGGCUUUAAAGUGAAUUUAUCUUUAGUAUGAUAGUUAUAUGAAAAUUAUAGGGUUUGUGUGCAGAGAAUUUUUUUAUAAAGUGCUUUGUAAAAAAAAAAAUGUAUUCUAGCUUUCGCGGUACAUAUGUGUGAUAACUUUAAUAUCCAUGACAGUUAAGUGCAAUUAUUUCAUCACUCUAAAAAUGCUAUUUUUGUGUCAGUUCCUGCAGGUGUUUUCAUGUCUUUGCAAAGUGACACAUUUUGAUGCCUUCUUGAUAAAGUGGUAGACAUUUUGUAGCUUUCUAGAAACUUUGUAUCCAUACGGUAUCAAUGAAAAAUAAAGAAAAUGAAAGUGUGGGUCA